UGCAAACCCUACUCGGGAUGCACGUUCGGUGGAGGGGGCUGGAAAGGAAAGGGGCUGCCCCUGGGCAGGUGCCCAAGAUGUGGUGACCGCUGGGUGAGCCGCUGGGGCUGCCCGCCCUGUGCCUCCAUGGCCGGGUCUCGACGCCCCACCGCCCCCUACACUCCGGACCCGGCUCCGACCCCCUCGACCGCAACCGCGACCCCGACCUGGCGCACUCGGACCCCGACCUCCGCAGACUCCGGCCUCCCUGACCCCCAGCCCCGACGACCCCGACUUCGGCCCGCGCCGACCCCCAGACUCCCGCCCCAACCCCGGCCACGAACCCCUCGACCCGACCUGGCCCGCUUCGGCCCCGAACCCCCACUCCCGGGCCCCGACGCCCUCGACCCCGGACCCCCCGGACUCCCGCCGCGACCCCGGCCCGCGCCAACCCGAGCCGGGCCUGAGGCGGCCGCACUUACUCCUGACAAGGCGGCCGUCGGGGAGGCCGGGGUCCGGGGUCUGGGGGGCAGGGUCGGGGCCGGGGCCGAGGUCGAGGUCGGGGUCGUGUGUCGGGGUUGGUUCCGCCCGCUGCCCGCCGCCCGCCCGAGGCCCAGCCGCCGCGCGCACGUGCCGCCUGACAGGCCCCCCAUAGGUUCCAUACCUGCCACCGGAAGUGAGUGA